AUGCCCCCUCCGGCUGAGACUUGGGACGUGGGCUGGAUGAGGGAGAGGCACCCAUCCUGCUUGUCAGGCUGGACGCUGCCAGGAGGGCGGGGUGAGGAGGGGCGGAGCUUCCAGAACAAAGGAGAAUGGGGAGCCCGGGGGCCCAAGCUAGGCAUCAAAAAGCCUCUGCAGCACAAGCAGGCCACAGCAGUGCUGGCCUCUGCGCCUGCAGUCAGUCAGACAAGGCCGCCUGCUCUUUACUGCUUGUCCGAGGCCGGGCAAGUCAACAGCAGCCUGCUCGGAGAGGCCUCGUGGUCCAGCGUGAUUGCGCCGACACGGCUCUGUGGCUUUCUCUUCUUGGCCUGGGUUGCUGCUGAAGUUCCGGAAGGGAGCAGAGGGAUGGCUGAGAGCGGAGCCAGGAGUGAGGGAGGCCGCCGGCAGCAUGCCUUCGUCCCAGAGCAUUUUGACGGUGCCAGUGUCGCCCCAAGCCUCUGGCUGCACCGCUUUGAGGUCAUCGACGACCUCAACCAUUGGGACCAUGCCACCAAGCUAAGGUUCCUGAAGGAGUCCCUCCGGGGAGACGCCCUGGAGGUCUAUGGUGGGCUCAGUCCUCAGGAGCAGGGAGACUAUGAGACUGUGAAGGAGACCCUCCUGAAGGCGUUCGGGAACCCCGAGGCCGUGUCCAGCCACCUGCCCAAAGAGAUCGUCUUUGCCAACAGCAUGGGUAAGGGCUACUAUCUCAAGGGGAAAAUUGGCAAAGUGCCCGUGAGGUUCCUGGUGGACUCUGGGGCCCAGGUCUCCGUGGUCCAUCCAAGCCUGUGGGAGGAGGUCACUGAUGGCGACCUGGACACCCUGAGGCCCUUUGAGAAUGUGGUGAAGGUGGCCAACGGGGCUGAGAUGAAGAUCCUGGGCGUCUGGGAUACAGCAAUGUCCCUGGGCAAGAUGAAGCUGAAGGCGCAGUUCCUAGUGGCCAACGCAAGCGCUGAAGAAGCCAUCAUUGGCACCGACGUGCUCCAGGACCAUAACGCCGUCCUGGACUUCGAGCACCGCACGUGCACCCUGAAAGGGAAGAAGUUCCGCCUUCUGCCGGUGGGAGGAUCCUUGGAGGAUGAGUUUGACCUGGAGCUCAUUGAGGAAGAGCCCUCAGAGGAGGCGCGGCAGGAGCCCUUCCACUGAGAAGCCCUGUUUCCUGGCCUCCCAGAUAUUGGUGGGAAGGCACGCCUUUGUGGGGGUGCCUGUCCUCAGGGGAGUCACUGGGCGCGGCUGGCCCUCUAAACCAACUCUUGCUUUCCGCUCCCCUCCCUCUGCAGGGGCCUCAAUCUGCCCCUGAUGGGGGAGGCUUCUGCUGAAAAGGCUCACGGGAGAGAGGGCAGGCUGGCUUAGUAGGACAGGGUCCCCAUGCUC